UUCUAGUUAUAAUUAACCUUAACACGUAUUAAGUAAACUUAAUCCUAAUUAUCAAUUUACAUUAACGGUUUCUUUCAUCUUUACAUAAUCUUAACGGCUACUUAUUCUUUAUAUAUAAUUACAAUAAUAAUCACAAUUUUAUUUUCUUUAUUUCUAAUUUCCAUUUAUAUAAAUCUUCAACCUUUCUUUCUUUCCUUCUUAUUAUUCUUUUCGUUGACCAGAAAUGUUGACCAACCGAGUUACAAUCACAGCCUUCAUUCUGACUCAGUUCAUCUCAAUUUCCUUCUCUUCUGACAUUACAGCUUUACUGAGUUUCAAAGCCUCAUCAGACCGUUCCAACUCGCUCUCUUCCUGGGUUAACUCGUCCGACCCUUGCUCCGACCACUGGCUUGGAGUCACCUGCGAUUCCAACUCAGGACGAGUCACAAGACUCGUUCUUGAAAAUCUUCAACUCACUGGGUCAACUCGGUCACUCAGUGAACUCACCGAGCUAAGACUCUUGAGCCUUAAACAGAAUCUUCUCACUUCUUCAAAUCUCAACCUCUCUUCAUGGCCGAAUCUCAAACAUCUUUACCUUUCCCACAACCGUUUCGCCGGUAAAUUCCCCGCCGGAAUAUCAACCCUCCGUCGUCUCCGCCGUAUUGACUUAUCCCACAACGAGUUCAGGGGAAAAAUUCCGUUUAACGAGUUAACUCGGUUGACUCACUUGUUAACUCUCCGACUCGAGUUUAACUCGUUCGACUCAGAACUCGCCGCCGCUGCCGGCGCCGGAGACACCCAAUCUUUCCCUUCCACCGUCUCCGACUUCAACGUUUCGAACAACAAUCUCUCUGGGGAAAUACCCAUUUGGCUAUCGCAUUUUUCGGCGUCGUCUUUCGCCGGAAACAGCCUUCUCUGCGGCCACCCUUUGUCGUCACAAUGUCCAAAGAAUGAUCCAACGGCUGAAAACCAAUCUCACAUUCUACUAAUUACGAUCAUAACCGUUGCUUCGGUGGCAAUCUUGGGCGUUAUAGCAUUUGUCUUAAUUAACACGUGGCGUAAAAAGAGAAUCACGUGCCAAUCACGUGAGCACUCUUACAAUGGCGGCGGCGGCAGUAGUGGCGGUCCGGUGUUGGUGACGUUUGAAGGGUGUAGUAAGGGAAUUGGGGGAGUGGAAGAUUUGUUGAGAGCUUCGGCGGUUAUGUUGGGAAAAGGAAGUGUGGGGACCACUUAUAGAGUGGCGGUGGAUGGUGGAGAUAGGGCGGCCGAAGUGGUGGUGAAGAGGGUUAGAAAGGGUUGUUGUGGCGGUGGCAGUGGCGGUGGCGGGAAAGAAGUGGAUUGGUGGUUGAGACAAGUGUUGGGAAAUUUGAGGCACUCUAAUAUUGUUAGCCUAAGAGCUUAUUGCUAUUCAAAUAGUGAAGAUUUGCUUCUUUUAGUUUAUGAUUUUCUUCCUAAUGGGACACUUCAUUCUCUUCUUCAUGGCAAUAGAGGACCAGGAAGAACCCCAUUAGGUUGGUCAACAAGGCUAAAAAUAGCCUCCCAUUCAUCGAAAGCCAUUGCUUUCCUUCACAACAAUAACAACAAAUAUGCCGACAUCAACCUCUUUCACGGUCACAUAACAUCCACAAACAUCAUACUCGAUCGCUCAAGCAAUGCUUGCAUCACCGACGUCUGUCUCCACCAACUUCUACGCCUCCAACCACCCCAUAACGCCUACGCCGCACCCGAGCUCACCACUACUACUAGCCCUAGUAAAUACACUCAAAAGUGCGAUGUUUAUAGCUUUGGAGUUGUUCUAAUCGAGAUUCUGAGUGGGAAAAUAGUCGAAAAAGAAGAGGAUGAAGAAGAGGACGAAGAAGAAAAUAUUGUUAUGAUUAUUAAGAAGAUUAAUGAUAUGAAUUUUAUGGAAGUUUUGGACUAUGAAUUGUUUGUGUUUAAAGAUGUUAUGGAGGAAGAAAUCAUUGGUCUUAUGGAGAUUGCUAGGCUUUGUUUGGCUCCUUUGCCUAAAGAUCGUCCUGACAUGAAUGUUGUGUAUAGAAUGAUUGAAGAUAUAAGGAAAAAGAGAGUUGAUAAAAAUACUAGUAGAGACCAUGAAACGACAUCUAUAAUGGAUGAACUUAUACUCAAAACGACAUGAAUUGUUGGGUGUUAAAUAGUACAAUUCUUAUAUAAUAUAAAGGGAUUUUUUUAAAGAGAACAUUUACUGAAUAAAAAUUUAUACUUUUUCUGAGUU